AUGCCGCGGGACGACCCCCUGCGGCACCCGCCGCCCGCCUAUGUCUUCGACCAUCCAAACAACCUUGUCGUCGAGUCCUGGCUAGACACUCUCCCGCCCUUAACCAAAAAGCCCUCUCGCCGGGACAUCAAGCAAUGGCGGCGCGCACGAGGCGGCAAACCGUCAGCCCACAGGACCUGGUUCAUCUUCUCCAUCGUCAUUCGCGCCAUCUCGACAGUCGUCGCCAUCAUCGCAUGGGGUCUGAACGUGGCGGUUUUUGUGGAAAGUCGACUGUACUGGGGCGGAGUGCCGGAUAGGAUGAUUGCUGUGUUUGUGGUGGCACCCGCUAUCAUCAGUUGGAACACAGCCGAGUUCAUCACGAUUUGUGUCCGCAAAUCUAGCGGUAUACCAUCCGUGUAUCAUGCCUGGGCUGACGGGAUUCUAUUCGUGGGGGUUGCCACGACAACGGGAAUCGUGCUGGUUGAUAUGAUCAUUGGGAUUGCCGAGUUUGGUUCGUUGUAUGAUGGGUUGUUGGCCAAGGGCAUUGUGUUGGUUGCAAUGUUGCUCUUACUGAUGGUCCUUCACUCCUUCCUCUUCUUCAACUACUUCUGCCACAAGCUAGACAGACACGACCCAGGACCAUUCGUACCUCUAAAGACAACCGGCCUACCGAAGGGCGACGUGGAAGCCGCAUCACUAGCUAGGGCAUCACCUACAACACAACCGGAGCCGCCAUUCCGUUACAAGACCUACGAAUAUUACGCCAAGGAGGAAAUGGAGAUCACGAGUACCGGGCGAAGGCCCGACGGAGGAUUUGUGAUCGACAAGGGUGUUGAAGAUAUUCAACAGACCGUCGGGGCGAGUACUACGAUAGCAGCGAGGCGGUCUGAGGCUCAGAUACCGUAUGAAAUACCGAUUCUGCCGUCGGUGUUUUCUCCGCACAAGUCCGGGACGUGCAUAUGA